GCUUCUCUUAGCUCCGCUCCUCGCGGUGUCUGGUGGUCGCGCUUUCGAGCUCUCGCCACAGGGUCCCGUGUUACCACAGGGUCCCGUGUUACCGUCGCCUCCGCCGCCCCGCGCCUGACCAUGCCCAACAUUGUGCUCUUCAGCGGCAGCUCGCACCAGGACCUGUCUCAGCGCGUGGCCGACCGGCUGGGCCUGGAGCUGGGCAAGGUGGUCACCAAGAAGUUCAGCAACCAGGAGACCAGCGUCGAGAUUGGCGAAAGUGUGAGGGGAGAAGAUGUGUACAUCAUCCAGAGUGGCUGCGGAGAAAUCAACGACAACCUGAUGGAACUCCUCAUCAUGAUCAACGCCUGCAAGAUCGCGUCAUCCUCCAGGGUGACCGCCGUGAUCCCGUGCUUCCCCUACGCCCGCCAAGACAAAAAGGACAAGAGUCGUGCUCCGAUUUCGGCGAAACUCGUGGCCAAUAUGCUCUCGGUCGCUGGGGCGGAUCACAUCAUCACCAUGGACCUGCAUGCCUCUCAGAUCCAGGGGUUCUUUGAUAUCCCCGUGGAUAACUUGUACGCGGAGCCCGCGGUCCUGCAGUGGAUUCGGGAGAACAUCACCGAGUGGAGAAACUGCAUCAUUGUUUCACCUGACGCCGGGGGCGCCAAAAGGGUCACGUCAAUCGCAGACAGGUUGAAUGUGGAAUUUGCCUUGAUUCACAAGGAGAGGAAGAAGGCAAAUGAAGUGGACCGGAUGGUGCUGGUGGGCGACGUGAAGGACCGCGUGGCCAUCCUUGUGGACGACAUGGCCGACACAUGUGGCACCAUCUGCCAUGCUGCGGACAAGCUACUCUCAGCCGGAGCCACCAAAGUUUAUGCUAUCCUUACCCAUGGGAUCUUCUCUGGGCCAGCUAUUUCCAGAAUAAAUAAUGCUGCCUUUGAGGCUGUUGUUGUGACAAACACUAUUCCCCAAGAGGACAAAAUGAAACACUGCUCCAAGAUUCAGGUUAUUGACAUUUCGAUGAUCUUGGCCGAGGCGAUUCGAAGGACCCACAACGGUGAAUCUGUGUCUUACCUGUUCAGCCACGUCCCACUGUAAAUCCAGGAUGUGAGGUGUGGAAGCAAGCCUGCUCUGGCUUCUGACUUGCGUGCAUUUGUCUGAUUUAUUAGCUUUAGGACUAAGCAGUUAUAUUAAUGCAAAAGCAUCAGAUCUUUGUAUACUCCGAGGUCCACUGGUUUUCCCCCUCUUAAAGCUCUCGACCAUUUGUUUUCAGUUUGAUGGGGAGGGCAGGGGUUAUUUGAUCUUUAAGUGAGAAAUGUUUUUGUUAUCGUGAUCUGUUCUGGUAGGUGACCUUUUUUUCCUUUGUUCUGUCAGUGCUUUGAGGCCACGACUUUCAAGUUUAUAAUUCCAUUGUGGAAGUUCAUAGUUUAUGUAUUUCAGGGUUACCAAAGGUCAGCUCAGAUUACAGCCUCUGUGUAAAUAUAAAAUGAUAAUGCUUAUGGACAUUUGGGUGAAACCCUGUAGAGAAGUAGCCUUUUGCUUCUAAGUGAACCUUAGAGAAUUUAUAAUACCCUGAAUUUUGAGUAUUUGUUUUAGUGAUCAGGUUUCCAAUAAACCAUUUGGAUUAUUAUGCUUAAUUUGGACCAAAUUUUAUGUAGCUGAAGAUGGCCACUGACACGUUUAUUUCUGGUAAACAUUAGACAUAUCAGAGGCAAUGUAGUUCAGUAUUUUUUUAUUGCCACUUCUAAAAAUCAUAACUGUCACUUAUCUGAAAUACCUUGCUCUAAAAUUCCAAAAUUAUGUUCAGCAAUAGAGCUGACUGAGAAACUGUUUUGAGAUAGUCUGCAAGUUCACUGUCACAUUCAUGCUGUGUCCAUCCCAGAUGCACCUCAUGUCCUGCCAUCUUGUUUUUUUUUUUUUUUUUUUUUUUUGCGGUAUGCGGGCCUCUCACUGUUGUGGCCUCUCCUGUCGCGGAGCACAGGCUCCAGACGCGCAGGCUCAGCGGCCAUGGCUCACGGGCCCAGCCGCUCCACGGCAUGUGGGAUCUUCCCGGACCGGGGCACGAACCCGUGUCCCCUGCAUCGGCAGGCGGACUCUCAACCACUGCACCACCAGGGAAGCCCCCAUCUUGUUUUUUUUAAUGUCCUGUUUUUAGCUCUAGCUUUUACUUUGCCUUUUUUCCAAGAGUUUCAUGUUGUGGGUUUCCAUCACAACAAAGACUUCUUCCCUAAGUCCCCUCACAUUUACUAGUCCGAUCUCUGUUUUGCUUUUGACAUGAGCAAAAGGUGAAUUGUUUGUGGGUGCCUCCAACUACAUAUUUAAAUAUUAUUUCCUUAGUGUUGAUCUCAUGGUCUUUUGCCUUUUGUCAUCACAAGUAGCAAACCUCCUAGGCAACAGAUUAUUGUAACUAAAGCUGUUACAUAAAAAGUGUGGGUGAGAAAGGCCUACAAAAAAAGGACAAAUAAGGAAACAUUAGUUGCUCCAUGAAGUCAAUGUUCAAAUGGUGGCCCAGGAGCGAUAGUGGAGGGAAGAUAGCUUUAUCCACAGGUGGCUUUUGACGACUCCUGAGUGAGGGCCCCCACCUCCGGUGGCAGGCGGCAGGCAUCGACUCUGAAUUUUCCUAAGUGCGCGUUGGUGGACAACCAACUGAGUGCUUCCACCCCCAAAGAAGAAAAUGUGCCCGCGCAGACAAAGCCCAGGAAUAAUAAAUAACAAUCUCCUUGUGCUAAAUCUCAAAACUUGAAGAGAAGAACGUCUCUGAUCUAAAUUCUGUGGGUGGAAAAAUGAAAUCUGUUUAAGUUGUUAACAGACCUGAAUAGCAGUCUUUAAGAUUUCAAACUUCACUACAGCAGAGGGUGAAUCAAAGUUUAAAAGUAUCAUGUUAGUCAUUGCAGAGACUAGCAUUUUGCUGUACCUUAAGAGGGCUUUUGAGAAAAAAAUCAUAGUGUAGCCUCGUUAAGGUCAGCUAUGCAAUACGAUGGACGUUAUCUAGACAGGAGUUGGUGCGAGAUAUGUGAAGAGCCUAUUUAGAUGUAUGUAAUUUUUAUUUUUGACAAAUGAGUGAUAUCUGUAUUUCUUGAAAUUUCUAUGCAUAGAGAAAUGAAAAUGUAGUUAUGAACGCACGCAGGUAGACAGCUUCGCAUCCCAGUGUAGACAUGUUGACAAUGACUAAAACCAGUUGAUUUAAAGGUAGUCAUUUCAUCUAAGAUUUAAGAGGCUAACACAUAGAGCUAGUUUUAAAAUAAUGAUCUUCAGAUAAAGACAUAAAAAUCGGUAUUGUCAUUCUCUGAAUUAAGAACUGAUUGUUUCUAUGGUUAUUUAUCUCCACUUUUGUAUUUUAAAGUACUUCUGGUACAUCUUUCAAGUAAAUAGGCUAGACGUAGCCCUGCGCAGUGGCAAUGUAGCCCUUAACUAUUUGAUGGUCCAGUUCAAAAAAGAUGAUGAAGACAGCCUUGAGAGCAGCUUAAUCCCAGAACUUGUGCGUCCCUUGCUGCUUAUGUGGAAACAUUUCAGUGAAACCACCAAAUACAUUGGUCCUGUCUGACUCUGCUGCAUGGCGGUUGACUUGGCGUACAUCUAUCCAAAAAGGGGAGCCAGAGAAAUACGAACAUACCAAAGUUGCUCAGUUUCCAACUUAAAUGACAUUAACCAACUUAAAGAGAUUCGUAUUAUAAGUUUCCUUUGGUAGAUAUGAUGUCAGAUAGAUUGAGGAACUACAUCAUUUGCAGUGCUUGUAUUGGUUUAGAAUAUAGGAUUCGAAGAUCUUCCAACACUGUACUAAAAACAUUUCAAUAAAAUCAUGCUCCUUCUUUCUUUCAUA